UUCAUCUCAGGAAUAAACACAGAUAAGAUCAAAGAUGGCAGAAAACACAAGUCCAAAAGGCUCCUCGGGUGAAUUUACUAAAAAAUUGCAGAGACAGUUGAGCAGAAGCAAAGAAAAGGUACUGCAAAGACUGGGAAAGACUGUGGAGACAAGAGAUGACCAAUUUGAACAUUGUCUCCAGCAAUUUAAUGACCAACAGACUGACGGAAACCGAAUUUACAAAGACCUGAGGAACUACAUCAGUGCAGUCAGAGACAUGCGUGAGGCUUCAAGGCGCCUUUCCCAGUCUUUGUUUGACGUUUAUGAAACCGACUGGGCCGGAGAGGAAGAUUUGGGAGCCAUCGUGGAGGGGGAGGACCUCCUGUGGAAUGACUACGAGGUGAAGCUAUUAGAUCAGGCUGUUCGCACCAUGGAGUCCUACGUGGGCCAAUUCCCAGAUGUCAGGGAAAAAAUUAACAAGAGGGGAAGAAAACUGGUCGAUUAUGACUCCUCACUUCACCACCUGGAGGCACUGCAGACUGCUAAGAAGAGGGACGAUAUCAAGAUUAAAAAGGCAGAUGAAGAGAUGAAAAGUGCCAAAAGUGUUUAUGAGUGGAUCAACAACGAGCUCAAAGAGGAGCUCCCUGUUCUCUUUGACAGCCGUAUCGGAUGCUAUGUGACCGUCUUCUCAUCUGUGUCAAAUUUACGCGACAUCUUCUACAAGGAAAUGAGCACGCUCAAUCGUGAUCUACACAAUGUGAUAAAGGAGCUGCAGGCUCAGUAUCCAGACAAAGUGUUUGCUGUGAAGGGAAUCCAGCGGUACGGUUCUCUGAGGAGACGGAUUCUGAUGUCUCCUAAAGCCUGGAAAACCAGUUUCUCUGAAUUCCACAGAAACUACAGCCCUAAACCUGGACAGCGGUUCAGUUUGAAGUCCCCAGAAAAACCUCGCCACAGCACCCUGUCCAGAGAUAGUAGCCUCACAGUCUCCUCAACCUCACCGUCUCUGGAGGAUCCCACGUCCGGGUCCAGGGAGCUGGAGGCCAGAUCGAGCCACAGCGAGAACCAGAGCUCUGCGACACAAGAAGACGGAGCAGUGGGAACAUCAGGGAGUGAAUCAAAGACAGGAGAAGACAGCAGUCAGGUCGAAGGGGAGAAGAGCUUAAAGGAAGAGGAGCCAAAGCCUGCUGCAGAAUCUGAUAAUAAGGAAGACGGUAAAAAAGCUCCACCAAGUGUGAGCAGCUCUGAACACAACAACUCGUUUGAUUCAGAGAGCCUGGACCUACAGCUGUCUGCAGCAGACAGCGAACCACUGCACAUUGAAGAAAGGGACGACAGUCCAGUAACCCUCAAUGCUCCUAAACCAAACAGACUGGGGAAUGGUGGGCUGAACUCUGACCCUAAAGACGCACAAAAGGAUGCUCCUGCAGGAAAAGAGGUUUCCACAGACUCAAAAAACACAGUGGUUUAAAGUUUGAUCAAAGAACAGAACAACACGGAAGAGAUGGAAAUCAACAGCUGCACAAGAGGAAAAAAAUGUGGAGGCAGCCGCACUGACGUGUCCAACUGUGUGUCAUGAGUGAUACUGUUGGUCUUAGUUUUCUUAUUUAUCUUUUAUUGAAAUCAACAUUGCACUCAGUAUAUGGUGUCUUUGGGUAAAAUAUUUUUGUUGCAGCCAAGUUCAGUUUUAAUUCUUCUUUCAAAUAUGAACCCAUGCAGUAUAGUGGAGUUUUUCCAAGCAAAUACAUUUCAAUAUUAGACUUAAAUGUCUAAUUUUAACAAAGAUAAAUGCAUUAUACAGGUUUACAUACAUGAGGAACACAUGCAGACUCACUACAGUGUUGUGAUCUCAGUUUUGAAAGGAAAUGAGCUUUACUCCACGGUAUGUUGCAACUGACUGAAACUAAGUAGAAGUUUUGAUUAUUUUCUUUUAUUCUCUUUUGUCUUUUUUGAAUUUUUAAUGUAAUUCUAUUAACCACAUUUAAUGGCAAGGAUUCAGAAGGGAUUUAUUUUUUAAGGCUUGAAUUAAAUGUACAUACAUUUGACUCUGUGUACUCACAAAUCUGUUAAUUAGCCGUGCACUUUGAAGAUCCUCUUUGUAAUUCUGAGACAAAACAUUUCUAAAACAUGUUUAUUGUUCAAGCUGACUCUUAAUUUGAAUUAUUUGAUGAAUGUACUCAGUCAGCACUGAGAUAUAUGGUAAUUAUGGAGAAAUAUGAACAGAAUAAAUAAUAAAAUGCAGUUAAUUUUAAAA